UACUUUGUCAUCACCAUCAUCAUCAGCAUCAACAGCAUCACCAAAUCACUCUCUCAUCUUCCUUUGUCCACUCAAUACUUUUGGUUCGAGAAAUGGCCAACAAAACCCAAUGCUCCUUUCUCUUGGCUUCUCUUCUCGUCCUCGGUCUCCUUCUAGCCAUAGCUAACGAAGGAGUUGCAGCACGCAGUGCCCCAAACAACCCCAAGACAGUUGACAAGAAACAGCCCGAGUAUCUGGUUGAUCCCCACGACGGCACUGUGCUCAUUCCAGGCUUUGGACGUGUAAUAGUGCCAAAACCGCAUGGCCAUGGUCAUGGUCAUCCCUCUUACAAGAAUUACAAUCCAAUCACCGGCACUUAUGCUCCUCCAAAACACAUUGGCAGCCAUGGCAUUGGCGGCCACAUUGGCGGUAUGAGUGACAGACCAAGGCGCAGUUAUAUUCCAGGUGCUGAUGACACAUUCAUCCCCAACCCCGGAUUUGAGGUCCCCAUUCCUGGCCGCAGUGGUGUUCCUACAACUGGCAGUGGCACUGGCAACCCCUGAUGUUGUUAGCUGUCUUGGUCUUGGUCUUGGCUUGGCAUAAUAGCAUUGCCUUGUUAUCAUUCUAGCUAUUUUCUAUGUUCACUCUGUAUUUUAAGUUUAAGGAGUCUAGAUCAAUGUAUUGCUUUUCUAAUAAGGUAGUAAGUUAGUUUGAGUUUGAGUUUGAGUGUAUCGUAGUUAAAUUAAGUCCAUGGUCUUUUGUGUACUGUUGUUCUUUCGCAAUAUGCAAUAAUAUCAGAUUUUCUCUUA